AAAAUAUUCCAGUGACGUUGCGUUGCGUUGAUCGUUUCGUGUUCAUGUCGAUAUUUUCAUUUUAAAAAGAGUUGGAAUUCUCUUUUUCCCUACAUAUUUUUGCUUCUUGUUACAUAUCUAACCCGCUUAUGUACAUUAACGCCUGCGCAAAGAGUGCCUACUUUAAUAUAAAAUGGAUGCUGCUGACUCCCUGCUAAGUGACAGUGUGACUGGCAAGCAGGGCCUGGACGAGGAGGAAUUGUUAUUAAAGCCUAAUCCUAAACCCAAUGUGAAGAGUGACUUGGUCAAUGAAUGCAAAGUGUUCAUAAGGGCUGAAGACGGAGGGGGAGAUACACAUCUCAAUAUAACAGGGAACAUGGGCCCAGGGACUAGCGAGAAACCUAAGUUUGUGACUUCCACGCCAGAUCAGAAAAGAGAGAGCCCUUCAGAUAAUCAGAUUGCUGAUUCCAACCCAGAAUGUGAUAUUGAAGGAGUCCCUGACUUGCCCUUGGACGAUGGAAUGCCCAGCACUGUCACUGUGUUGGAUGCCCCUGACGGUGGAAAGGUUUAUUUGGUGGGCACUGCCCAUUUUAGCUUGCAAUCUCAAGAAGAUGUGUCCAGGGUAAUACAAGAAGUGAACCCGCAUAUUGUAAUGGUUGAGUUGUGUGAACAGAGAACAAACAUACUAUUGCUAGAUGAAGAAAUAAUUUUAAGAGAAGCUAAAAAUAUUAAUAUUAAGAAGAUAAGGGCAACAAUGGCCCAGAACGGAGUGUUCAACGGCCUCAUGUACAUUCUGCUCCUGAACAUGUCCGCGCAUAUCACACGCGAGCUGGGCAUGGCGCCCGGCGGCGAGUUCCGACGUGCCAUGGCCGAGGCCAAGAAGAUACCCAACUGCAUGGUCCAGUUAGGCGACCGAGCAAUAGAUAUCACUCUGCACAGAGCCAUCGCCUCCUUGACCUGGGGGCAGACCAUACGCUUCGUAUGGCACUUGCUCACAUCCAACCAGUCUAUAAGCGUGGAGGAGGUAGAGAAAUGUAAACAAAAGAAGAUGCUGGAAGACAUGCUAGAAGAGAUGGCAGAAGAAUUCCCAGCGUUGAAGCGUGUUUUCGUGCUAGAGCGCGACAUGUACCUCUGCCACUCGCUGCAGGUCGCGGCGCUGCAGCCUAGGCGAGAGCCGUGCCGCAUAGUGGGCGUGGUGGGCAUCGGCCACGUGGCCGGCAUCGUGCAACAUUGGGGCCAAGUGCGCUCGCAAGACAUCCCGCCGCUACUCAAGAUCCCGCCAGAAUCACUGUCAACUCGCAUCAUCCGCGUGUCCGUGCGCGUGGCGUGCGUGGGCGCGCUGGUGUACGCCGGCUACCGGCUGUGGCCGCGCCGCUGGCUGCCGUGAUGCACCGAAAUCCCUAAUUGGACCAUCGGAAACACACACAUAAUAAAUUUAGGAAGACUAAACUGUAAAUAUUAUUGGAUGAAAACUCGCUCAUCAAUUAUAUGAUUUAUUAUUUUAUUAAUGAAUAGGUUAGGUGCGAACAUGAGUCUCUGAUUAGAAAGUUUAAUUGCUAAAAUUAUUGUAGUGUGUAUAAACAUAUUAUUGAGAUAUUAAUUUGCACUCGUUCCUUAUAAACCCGUAAAAUCUUACGGGCUGUAGGUACCAAAUUUACAUUCAUUCAAAUUCUAAAUACUUCGUGGUACUAAUAAAUUUAUGUCCUAAAAGUUGUACGAAGAAAAAAAUCCUUGGCAAGAAUGAUAUUAUUUACCCAAUUUUCACGCGCUUGUAAAUUUGGCUGUCCUUCCAUAACUUUAAUUGUAAGAACUUAAGCCACAUUAGUUGACAUUAGUAUCUGAUUGGUGGAUCACGGACGCGAGGGUGCAUCCCGCUCUUGCGGAUAUGUCAGCGGCCGAUCUUAAUAUCCGCCAGAUCAUGAAAUUCCUAGGCGUAUCGUGAAACGUGAAAAUCAUCGUCUCGUUCCGUGAGUCGCGGAGCUCCUAUUUCUGGACAGUUUGCCGUUUGGGUAUCUGAAGCAACCUAACGAAUCUUAUCUUAACUACCUAAGGCUAUCUAUUGGUUUAAUGUGACUACCGUCAAAACAUUACUCAGGAACUUUACGAUCCGGCGGAUUUUACGAUCGGUCACCGACAGAUAUAAUACUGACAAGUCAGGAAAGGGCUUUAGCUCUAGCAUAUUUUGUUGUUCGGCUCCUUUUGGCCAAACUGUGAGCUUUGUUUGUUGGUAUCAAAAGUAAAAUAUUGUAAAUAUUCGAUUCAUAAUUGGAAUUUGAUGUAAAAUAUCGAAAUGUACCUACGUGCCAUGUUUUGGUUUUGUAUAUGUUGUUGUAAAAAAAUCGAUAUUUUAAAUUAUUUAUAAAGAAAAUGCUUUUAGUUUAUUUUGUUUCGUUGUUAUAAGUCUUCAUUGUUGAAAAAGCAGUCCGUGUUAUUUUGUUUUAAAUCAUUGAUUAGUACCGACAUUUUUAACGCAAUAAUAAUUUUCACUGAUGACAUUCUCGAUCUGAAUUUGAUUUAUUUCUUUUUCAAAACGAUGGUUAUGCUUAUUGUUUAUCUAUUAUCUUUUAAUUCCACUCAACUUUAAAUAUAUAAGUUUUUCAUUGUCAUUAUAUUAAUAUUCAACUUGUUUACAAUGAUAUACAUGUAUUUACUAAGAGAAAAACAUUUAUUACCUAUGCGAACGCAGUUAUAAAACUAUUAACCUAGAAGAUGGGUCUAGAAAAAAAUAGUUGGCCUGCCUGGCCGCAUUGCCACUUUAACGAAGUACUAGCUAGCCCUCUGGUAUUUUGCAUUUAAUUAUCAUAGUUAUGAAAUUUACAUCUUUUCGUUACCUACAUCUACAUUUGUUUAAUUGAUUAAUUCGAUGCAUUUGGACAUUUUUUUAUUGACAUAAUAUUUAGGGUUUUUGUACGAAUCUGCCUGUAUCAUCGUAGUGCGUUAAAAUAUGUUUGAUUGAGUUAGACGAAGAAAUUCAGUCAGUUUCAUCACACGCAGUUUAACAGCACACGCAGUGCCAGUGUUAUUUAUACGUCAUAAUUUCAUAGAAGUUUGACGUUUAAAAUAACACCUGCACUGCGUGUGCUGUCAAAAUAUCUGCAGACUUUUCUUGGUCUAACUCCAGAACUGUUUGAUAGUUCUAUAUCAUAUCUGAUGAUAGCUGCAGCCGCCAUAGUCGCCAUACUUAAUGUUAAUCAAAUGAUCAUUCAGUUUUGUUGAUUGUGCGUGGUGGAACCCACCCUUAAUAUACCUAACUAUUAUAAUCGUUAGGUCAUUUAAAAUUCUUUCCGUUCUAUAAAUUAAUUUAAUAAGGACUGUGAUAAUGUCAGAAAUUAAUUAUAAAUCUCCAUCCAUUUAUAAAAUAAGGAAAUAAUAUUCGUGAUAUAAUAACACGUGUUCUUGUCAUUCGAUAAUCAUGUCACGCUUGUUACGGUUGCGUUCAAAAUAUAAACAAGGAUGACUAUCAGCUAUCAUAUGUUAAAAUCAGCAGUCAGUUUUAUUUCAUUUGCUUCAAUAAGCAAAAAACGAGUUUACGCGAAUUCGAUAGUUAGUAGUUACACAGCUACUAGCACAAUAGAAUAGAAUGAAACUUAUUCAGGACGCUUAGACAAUAAAAAAUUAACAAAAACAUGUCACAAAAACGGUUUAAAACGUCACUGAAAAGGUUUCCACAGCUUGGUGGUCGCUGGUCUUGCGUCGUUCCGUUCCGUUUUCGAAAACGUUCUCUGUUUUGUGUGGGGAACGUUCUCGCUCGGGAAUAUUGCUCAUAGUAGUAGAGAACGUUCUCGAGAACGGCACAACUCUAGCUAUUAGGCUUCGAACCUGCGGUAUGAGUUUCAUAGAAGUUCCUUGUAUACCGGUGUAAAGUACGGCAGACUCCUACGUCGCCAUUUAUGUCUUAAGUCCUUUUUCGAGUUUCAUAACAUAGGUCACGAAGUAUAAAACAAAGGGUUUAACUGUUUAUAUUUUACUAGCGCAAUCGCAACAAUAGUUUAGAAUUUUGACUUAGACUUAGCAUACAAAUAUUAUACGUUAAUUCAUUAUCAAAUUACGGCAUAAUAACGGUUCCACUAGACUUAUAUCGACCGGGAUAUGAACCGUGAUUACAUUUUGUAUUAUUUUCGAGCUCCCGAUAUUUCGACGCAGUUACAUGCAUCUUGUUCAUGGAUAACUAAAGAUAGAGGGUGGGCGUCAAAGUCAAUAUCGGGAGCUCGAAAACAAUACAAAAGGUAAUCACGGUUCAUAUCCCGGUCGAUAUAAGUCUAGUGAAACUGACCGUGAAUCAUUCAAAACCUUCGAGCAACACGGAAGGGAGGCGGCAUUCGCACUAUUUCCCCUCUGCCGAGGUACAAGAUUAGCGCGUUAAUCUAAUUUAGCGCGGGUAAUAAAACUAGUUGCACUUGGAUUUUUCACUAGACCGAGUCCAGACGCGCGCGUGAACACUGCUGCACAAAAAUGCCUGUUUGCUCGGUUUUUUGUUAUAAAAAGAGGUCGGGGACAUCAAAUGUACAAAAAGAAAGUGUUACAUUUCACCUGUAAUAUUUUUUUUUACAUAUCAUACGUUUAAUUACAUUCAAACACAAUUAUUAUAUUUUAGUCUCAUGUAAUCGUUGGAUUUAUCGAUUUUGCUCGCUCAGUACAAAUUGCGGAUCGGUCGAGCGACAAAUCCGACUUCUCAUCUCUCAGAAUACAAUAACAUACUUCAACGAAAACGUGUUAGUGUGCGUGUUGUGACACUUGUCACUCGUCCGUACACAAAAAGAGAUCGAGGUUUGCAAGAUUUGUCUUUGACGUGUGUCAUUUUCUAUGUAUUUGUGUCGUCAUUACAGAUUGGAUUUUGUAUGUAAGUGUGUGAGAAGUGCGACUGUGUGCACCUUUCCCCCCGCGAAAAAUGGCAGAAAGAUUUGUACGGUGAGAUAUCGCUUGGGCCCCUCCCUUCCGAUGUGUCGGAAGCCGGUGUUGCUCGAAGUUCAAAACUGUUAUAAUAAUGGUUAUAUCAAUGUUCUUCUCUGCACACGACACGUUGUCACUAUUAUAAAUAAUAUCAUCUAAUUUAGUCGGGGUCACUCAGGGUCAAAAUACGUUGGUGAUCACAAUUGUUUACAUACAUAGUUAUGUCAUAAAUAUUGGUUUAACUUUGGAUGACGAAAAUUGCUUGAAAUGAAAAAUUUAGAAAAAUAUAAACUACCUAAAUAUAUAUUUACUAAUUGUGUUAUUCAUAAACGCGCAACUAGCUUCAAUUAGCUAAUAAUCGUUGUCUUUAACAGUCAUUUAUAUAUAUUUGUAAGAAAAAGAUAAGACAAAGUCUAAUUGAGGCUUGUAAAGUUUUAUGAAUAAGGGGGUUAGGAGAUUCAGCUGAAUUGUCAAACUUAGUCAAAGUUUACUGCAGUGCGCGUCUUCAUCAUCUGGAGUUAAACCAAUAUAUUUUCUUAUAGUCGGUAGUUGCUCAUGAGUUCUAACGAUUUCAGAGCACGUAAUAUGUACAGUCAGCAGCAGAAGUUGCUAAGCGGGCGUGGUGUUCAAAAUGAUCUUGACGCUACUUUAUUGUUAAGAGAAUAAGAGCGUGUCAAGGUAAUUUUGAACACCUCACCCGCUUAGCAACUUCUGCUGCUGACUGUAUUAUUGAACUCUGAAGUAGUUGGACCUCACGAGCGGCUGAUUCUUUUAGACAUAUAUUAUAUAUAGUUAUAAAGGUAUGAUUAAAUAGUGUGUGAAAUGGUGAUCGCUGUAUACAGUCAGCGGCAGAUAUAUCUAAUCUGGCCAGAUGUUCAAAAUCAUUUUAAUUUUGAACAUCUGGCCAUUUAUUUUCUUAACAAUAAAGUUCUGUAAAUGAUCAGAUUAUUUUGAACACCUCACCCGCUUAGACUUCUAAUCUGUACCUAAAUUUGUAACCGAAUUAUGUGACUUUUCAUGUGCUUGUUUCAAUUUUUGCAUGUGUUUCGAACACGAGCGUAUUUCAUAAACCAACGGUACCUAUAAACUUAAAAGAAACGAUUUUUGAAAAGCACUGUUUAAGUUUAACGUAUGCGGCAAUUUUGUCGUUGAAAGAGUGAGCAAAUAUAUUCUGCUUUACAUAUUGUUAUUAUUAAUGUAACGAGAAAUUAAAGAGACUUGAUUUAAA